UAAAUUCUUUAAUAUAAGUAAUGUUCUACUCAGAUUGCCAUGAAACCAGGAACAGCUCCUACUGAUGAGUAGAGGCAGACUGCAUGGGAAGAAAAGCCCCAUGAAAGAGACCUUAAUGCCAAAACUUGCGAAUGCAGUGGAGCUUCCUGUCCUGUUUCAUCAAGAGAGAUCAAGUGACGGUGAUUGUAGCAGGGUUUUCCAGGCAUGGGGGAUGUUUAAAAAAUUGUUUUAUCAGUGUUCCUCCCCAUGAGUUUCUGGGGCUGAGCAGGAAUUAGAAUCCAGAUCUCCCGGAGGGCGGGGAGAUUUGUGAUCUCCCCGCCCUCAGACUACAAAUCCCGGUAAUCCACACCAGGGAAGGAUGUCCGCUGAAAUAUUCCAAACGUGUUAAGGGGCCGAGAAGAGAUCGAGCCCAGCUCUCCUCAGUUGCCAAGGCGGCUCGCCUCAGGAUAACGGGAGUGGGCCGGAGGCUCGGCGCGUGCCACCUGCUGGGCGAGCGAAGCUCCCUUCAUUCCCACGUGCUCGAUUGGGGGAAAAUCACCUCCGCCUACACGCAUACUGGGAAGGGCGGCCUUCAGGAAGCGUUGCCGGAAUCGCAACGGGAAAGGCAGCCCGUCCCUUUCCUAGCAGCAGACGCGGAAACGAAGAGCCAGUCGAUGUGGGCUGGACUCGCGACACGAACCGGCGGCGGUGGCUGUGGUGGUUGCUGGGGGCGGGGGAGCGAAAAUGCUGAAGGGGUUGGCCGCCGGCCUGCUUGCGGCCGCUGUCGUCGCUUUCGUGGUGGACCGGUACAGCCCUUCGGGGCCCCCGCAGCAGCUCCCGGGGGUUCGAGCGCACCCUUUCGCCCCCGAACCGGCGCCCGGCGCGGAGGCCGGCAACCUCUUCUGGAUCGUUCAGGUAUCAGAUAUACACAUUAGUACAUUUCUUGAUCCUGAAAGAGCUUCCGAUUUUGAAAAGUUCUGUGUGGAAACAAUUCCUAUAAUUCAACCUACUCUUACUUUAGUGACAGGUGACCUGACUGAUUCCAAGACAAAGGAUAAACUUGGUUCUGAUCAGUUUGAGGCAGAAUGGCAAACUUACCAAACAGUCCUAAAAAGGUCUAAGGUCAUGGAGAAAACUAAAUGGAUAGACAUUAAAGGGAAUCAUGAUACAUUCAACAUCCCAAACCUGCAGAGUGUCCAGAAUUACUACAGGAAAUAUUCUGCUUGGCAGAAGGAUGGCUCCUUUCAUUAUAUCCAUACCACACCUUUUGGCAGGUAUUCCUUUAUCUGUGUGGAUGCAACUCUCAGCCCAGGCCUCAAAAGGCCCUACAAUUUUUUUGGAAUAUUAAACAAGAGGAAAAUGCAAGAGUUGUCUUCAUUGGCUAUGGAAAGUCGUGAGAGUAACCAUACCAUCUGGUUUGGUCAUUAUCCCACUUCAGCAAUCAUCUCUACAUCACCAGGAAUACGAAUGGCAAUGCGCUCCGCAACAGCUUAUUUAUGUGGGCACUUCCAUACGCUGGGUGGUCUGAUGCCAGUCCUACAUACUCGUCACCAUCAUGGCACUUUAGAGCUAGAGCUGGCAGACUGGAAGGAUAAUAGGAAGUACCGGCUUCUUGCUUUUGAUCAUGAUCUCUUCAGCUUCACUGAUGUGACAUUCAAUGAAUGGCCUGUAGUUCUUAUCACCAAUCCCAAACCAUUUCUUUAUAGUAGCUCUGCUCAUGAACCACUACAAAGAAUUCUUAAUUCUACACAUAUUAGAAUUUUGGCUUUCUCUCCUUCUCCUAUCACGUCUGUGAAGGUCACUAUUGAUGGUGUUCAUCUAGGAGAUGCUGUUCACGUGUCUGGACCACUCUAUGCACUGAAAUGGUCUCCCCAAAACUACAGCAGAGGGUUUCAUCAGAUAGAAGUGAUAGUUCAGGACACUAGUGGAAAAAGUACUACUCAGCGUCAUACGUUUGCUAUGGAAGAAAACCUCUCACUCAAAUUCGACCUUUUUGCAUCUUGGCUGUUGCUUACCGACCACUAUAUAUGGGUUCGAGCAGUAUUUGUAGUGCUAAUUAUAUUUCAAACUGCCUUGCUGAUUCUUUUUCGAUACCGAAGAAAACCUAAGUUCAAUAAACCUCUGGGCACAUCAACGCGGAUCUCUUUUUCCCUCCACGUCUUGAGUAAAACAGACUUAUUCUAUUACUUUUUCUUGGUGCUGAGUUUGUACACUCUUCUAGGGCCCUGGUUUAUUGGUGAGAUUGUGGAUGGUUAUAUAGGCCUCUGCUUUUCCUUUGGGAUAGUUGUUGAUGGUCAUUUCUUUGAAGGCAGCAUGACCUUCCUAGUUGGAAUUAUGCAGGUGGUGUUUUUUAACCUACCAGUGAUGGCGUAUAUAUGUUGGUGCCUGUUUCUGCGUUGCCAAGGCCAUUCCUUUGGGUCCCAUCUACGUCAUGUUGGAUGGCGUUGGGCUGUUCCAAUCCACGGGUUCAUUGCACUCCUAUUUUUUUGGCAGGUCUUUUCCUGCUACUUCCUGCUAAAGACAUAUGGAACUCUAGCUUUUUUCCUCUCUCCACUGAGAACCUGGAUUGUGGCCCUAACCCUUUUUCUGAUGUACAAAACCUGGAAACUCCAGUCUUCUACACUGAGAACCUUUAUUUUGGAAAUGAAAAACUACGAAAGUUCUUAGUCUUCGGACAACUGAAGUACCUUUUCAUUUAAAGAUGGUAAAACUGUGAACUACAGGAUGAUAUGCCUAUAAUACCUCUGUGGCCUGAACUACUGAAAGAGGAAGCACAGAGCUGUCCUGGAAUGACUUCUGUAGUGUUGACUAGCAAGGCAUUUAGCAAGACAAAACUAUAAAAGGACCAAGGGUGCUUGCCUCAGACGCUGCUUCCUUGUUACAUUCAUGAAUGGAAAUUUGUUUAGAGUCACUGUCAUCUUAAUGCUAAACAAGUGCAAUAUUGUAAUGGAUGUAACUGUUUCUCCUUUUCAGUGUUUACAUGUGGUGUGCCACACCUAAAUUAGGAAACACAUAUUACUUGGACAGUGGUAACUUAAGAUGCAUUCCCUCCCUCCUAAAGCCACACAUAUUUCACUAUCCUACCCUGGUUUUCUAAACUGAUUACUACUUAGCUUUUACUUUUUAAAUGAAUGUGUAGCCGUCCAUUCAACUAAUUGAUUUCCAGGGCUGUUCCUAAUAAAAUGAAAGAGAUAAUAGAACCUCCAGCGACAAAAUCAAAAUGCCUAGGGAAACAAAGAUCUUCACUUGUGGUGCUGAAAAGAUGGUAAAAUAAGUGCUUAUCAAGCCUCUCAAGAUGGAAUAUAGUUGUGUAAAGUACAUGCCACUGCUGAAAAUAUUUGACCCUCCAUUUACAACCCAUCUUUCUUCAGAUGACAGAUCAAGCAAGACCAUCACUCCAUGAAUAUUAUUUCAGGUGAGUAGAAUCCUGGCUACUUGUUUCUACAGUUCAUGAGGAAACCAGCAGUUGCUCAUGAAGCUUGGUAUACAGUCAUGUAAAAAAGAAAAUACACCACCUUAGAAUUCAAUGGUUUUACAUAUCAGGAUAUAAUAGAAAUCAUUUGGU